CAAAACAAGGACACCCCAUACCUCACCUCACCCCCACCCCAUAUUUCCAGAGUGGGAGUAUAAGAGUUCAUCUCCACCAAUUAGAGUGUCUGAGAAGAAGAACCCAGCAGGCCCCAACAAAUCAUGGUGUGUUUCCUGUCAUGUCUGGGUAUCACAAACAAACACAAACGCCGCAAGUCCAGCAAGAAAAUCCAACCAACAUUCAACAAGGUAGCUGGGAAGUACACGCCUCUAGACUGUAGAAUACCAGAUGAACCACAUUCACAAACCAGGUAUGUGCAAUAUUAAGAUUUGGGUCCUUCUCACUUCUCAGUACAUCACUCUUUUCUUUCUUUCCCGAUAUUGCUGAACUUAUACUGGUUUAAGUCAUCCCACAAAUACAAGAUUUUGAUGAGUUUACUUUGGGAAGAAAUCCUAAAUCUGAAUAUAAAGUUUCUUGAUUCUUGGUGUUAGCUUCAUCUUCAAAAUGCUGAUGUAGCAAUUUAGUAAAUAAAAAUGUGUGCUUUAUGCGGGUUAAGCAGGAAUGCAAGGAAAGACUCCCGGACUCUUAAGGUCAAGAAAAAAGUGAGCUUUAAUUUGAAUGUCCAGAUCUAUGAGCCUUUGCGGCAAGAGUCGAUUGAUUAUGAUUUUUCAUCGGUCGGCCAAGAGAAGCUGAAUUCGGAGUACCCUUCAGAUUAUAGGUACUAUAGUUGCAGGGAUAGUUUUGAUGAUGAUGAUGAUGACAUAAGGCUCGAUGAAAGUGAUCUUGAAGAAGAAGAAGAAGAAGAAGAAGAAGAAGAAGAAGAAGAAAUUGAUGACAAGGAUGAUGAUGGUUUUGGUAAUGAGAAUGGGUUGAUAUUAGGCCAAGGAGAUAAUGGCAGAAAUAGAAGUAGUGAGUAUUUGGAUUGUGUGCUAAAACCAGUCGAAAACCUCACACAGUGGAAAGCAGUGAAGGGAAUCAGUUUGAAAAAGAACCAGAAGGAGAAUAUUAGAGGAAGAAAUGAAGAAGGUGAAAAGCCUUCAAUUGCAAAGCCAGAUUCAGAUCCUUUGGCAUACAAAAAACAACAAAACAAGAGGACAUCACUUCAGGUCGAUGCUAGUCUCUCAAACUGGUUGAUAUCAGCAGAAAAUAGACCACUGCCUUCCUAGCUGUUUUCUUUGUGGGUAUCCUUCUCUCUUUGUUUAUGCAAUUUUUGUAACUCAUUUAUUGAUUCGUUAUGUAACUUAUGUUGUAUUAUUUUCUCUUUUUUCUUCACUCAUUUAUUGAUUCAUUAUGUAACUUAUGUUGUAAACUUGUAAUCCAUCUACCAAAUUCACGUGUGAUAUUGUAAUAUGUACUGUUUAUAUUUGUCUUUUUUCUAAUUGUGAUAUGCACCUUUUAAUUGUAAUAUUACAUUGUAA